AUGGCGAUCAGUAAAGAAAAAGUUAAAAAUUGUUUAAAAACUUAUUCUCUUACCGGAUGUACGGUAUUGGGUGUCAUUGGUGGAAUCAUUUUAGGUUUUAUUUUAAGAUCUAUUGAAAGAGAAAAAUGGUGGACGAAAAGAGAAGUUAUGUAUGUGCAAUUUAUCGGUGAUGUUUAUUUGAGAAUGCUCAACGGUUUGGUUUUACCAUUCAUGGUCAGCUCUAUAAUAGCCGCUGUUGGAUCUUUGGAAUUGAAAACUUCUUGGAGAAUCGGUGCUAGAUGUGCAGCAUGGUUGGUCGUGACACAAUUCUUAGCUGUUGUCGAAGGUAUUGUUUUUGCUGUUGCCAUUCAACCUGGUGAAAAAUCAUUCGCACAAAGUUUCAAGUCUUUAGAUGAGGAUAAGAACAUCAUGGUUAUUGAUACCAUUUUGGAUAUAUUUAGAAACAUGUAUCCUCCAAAUAUAGUAAAAGCGAGUAUUUCGCAAUAUCGUACAGUUCUUAUUCCACCGGAGAAUACAUCAGCACCAUUAAGCGAUUGGGCUAUUUCACAUACCUAUCACGACGGUACAAAUAUUUUAGGUACCAUUAAUUUUUCUAUACUGUUGGCUUUAGCUAUUGGAAUCAUGAGUAGAAGUUCGAAACCCAUAAUUGAAUUUUUCGCCAUAUUGGAAAAAUGUAUGACGACGGCGAUAGGAUGGGCAUUGCUAUUUUCACCCAUCGGUGUUCUCUUUCUUUUGGCAGCCAAAUUAAUCGAAACGCAAGAUUUAUCAUCAGUCAUCGAACAAUUGGGUUUUUAUUUCUUGACCGUUUUAAUUGGACUCUUCAUUCAUUCUCUCAUUGUUUUACCAUGUAUUUAUUUUGUUUUUGUGAGAAAAAGUCCUUUUACAUUUUUGGGUAACAUGACUCAAGCAUUAUUCACAGCCUUUGGAACUGCUUCCAGUUCAAUCACGAUGCCUGUAGCUAUGGAAUGUCUGGAAAAAUUAAAUAAAGUAGAAGAAAGAAUCGUUAGAUUCACAAUGCCCAUCGGUACCACUUUAAACAUGGAUGGUACGGCUUUGUACGAAGCUGUUGCCGUUAUUUUUUUGGCGCAAGGACGUGAUGUUAACCUGGAUUUUGGAAAUUUAGUUUUGAUUUGCAUAACGGUCACGGCUUCAUGUUUAGGAGGAGCUGGAAUUCCUCAAGCUGGUCUUGUCAUAAUGAUAAUGAUUUUAACUUCUCUAAAUUUGCCGGCCGAAGAUGUUAGCAUAAUAAUUGCCAUUGAUUGGCUUCUUGAUAGAUUUCGUACCACGGUUAACGUAAUAUCGGAUUCUUUUGGUGCUGGAGUUAUUGAGCAUUUAAGCAAAGCCGAAAUUGAAAGAUUAUCUCGUUAUGAACAAUAUAAACCUGUUGCACAAGAAUAUGAACUUUCAGAAAGAAUGUAA